AUGGUGGCUAAACGUUUUGCUGAAAGUUUGGAUAAUGCUGUGUGGACAAAUCAGUUUGACAACACUGCCAACAGAUUAGCACACAUAGAAACUACAGGACCAGAAAUAUGGCAGCAGACAGAUGGUAAAGUAAGUGCUGUGACAUUUGGAACUGGUACAGGAGGAACAUUAGCAGGAGUUGGGACUUACCUAAAGGAAAAAAACAAAGAUAUCCAAGUAGUUUUAGCAGAUCCACAGGGCAGUGUGUUGUACAACUGGUUUAAACAUGGUAAACUGGAGAGGUCAGAGGGUAACUCCAUCACAGAGGGAAUAGGUCAGGGCAGGGUCACUUCAAAUCUAGAAGGAGCCCCCAUAGAUGAUGCUAUGUGUAUCACAGACAAGGAGGCAGUUGAGUAUACAUUCCGGCUGCUGCAUGAGGAAGGCUUCUUUGUUGGUGCAUCUUCUGGACUUAAUGUAGCAGCAGCGGUUAGAGUGGCUAAAUCAAUGGGACCUGGACAUACCAUAGUAACAGCAUUGUGUGAUACCGGGCAGAGGUAUUAUGCAAAGCUUUUUAGCAGGAAAUUCCUAGAUGACAAAGGCGUACUACAGUACAUUCCUGAACCAUAUAGGAUAUCUCUCCACGAUUAGAUAUUCUGCAUAAGAAAUUUUUGAAGAAUGUUCACACCAUUAUCAUGAAGAUCAUCAAAUUUAUGAAGUUUUGAAUUUUUAUUCUGGAUCAGUUUUAUCAUUAUCAAUUUACCAUAUCAGCAUGAGUGAAGUGUUAUAGGUAUAUUAAAACUUGCCCACUCAAUCACAAAAUGUCUGACCAUGCCUUAUUGUCAACUUACAUUUUUAACAUUAUUUUCCUUUAAUAAAGUUCAGCUUGGAGACAAAAGACCUUUCAACAUAAAUUAUGGAUACAGCUGUGCUGAUAUGUUGUGAGAGAUUGACAAAUAAUAGCCUGGCUUUCACGUGGGAGAGCCACCUUGGUCGAGUUUGAUGGAAGCUAGCCUAAAUGGGACCUACACCACAGGAGGUUCCAGAGAUAUUUUCUGACGAUCUUCCAAAUUAUAUUUGUUGAUUUAUCCUCCAUUUUUGACCGUCUUCCGA